GUUGCCGGUAUCGGCUGUUUGCGGACAACCUGGUCACAGUGCUAGUGUGCUCGGUUGGCGUUCGAACUUCGGGUUUUGCCAACACGACUGGUGUUUAUGCUACGUGUACCGGUACCGGUAGUUGCUGACCACCAGUGCACCACCACGAAAUCAGCUGUACAUCGUUAGUGUGCAGGUAGCCGAUCAGCUCAGACUUCAGAGGAGUGAUCAUCAUGAUCAUUGUGUAAUGCUAUGCCGGUAGUAAGCAGCAAGAAUGGUUGACACUUGCACGAGCACACCUCGCACCCCCACUGCCGAGGUUCGACAACAAAGGUUAGCUCGUACUUGUAAUCGAAUAUGCUGCGACGCCUCAGUAUGCUAUGGACUGGUGCUUGAUCCGCUUGGAACUCCACUCUAAAUAAAGCCAAACAACAACAACAACAUCCGCCAUUUCGCACUGUUCGACGCAACCCAACGUUCCUCCCGCAGUUCUAGUCCAAAGCAACUAGUCGACGGUCUGCGGUAGGAUUCUCUCCGACAAUGGCUGCCGGGCUGCGCAAAAUACGCCAGCCGGUGUCGCCCGUCCUUGUCUUCUGCCUGAUCUUCAACUUGACGUCGAUCCCGAUCUCCAUGGAGGCAGACAGUAAUGACUUUGUCCAGUUCUCAACUAGUGCAGCUGUCAGCCGCUCCAGUGCGAGAAGAGAAGGUGCCAGUGUUCCGAGUCAGGUGGACCUGCAAAAGGCAGCACAGCCAGCAGCUGCAGACACCACACGAGUGUUCAGAGUUGGCUUACUGUUAUCUGAGUUGCGUGAGGCAGACGUGCCAUGGCUUGUCCAGUGCCAGGCAGCACUGCACUUGGCUGUGGAGAGGAUCAACGAAGACCUGGCUGCUAUGGGAGAUUCCUUAGCGUGGAGACUGGAAGCAAAAAUGUUCGACGAAACAUUUCUCAAAGAACACUUGGAGCGAAUCAGCAAGAACUGGCACAAUGCAUCAGAACAGCUUUCAGUGCUACCGGUCAGAAGACAUCCUGGUCAGGGAAUGGGCAAAGAGAAGGUUACAGCACAGCUCGAUGACAUUCUAACCCUGCUGCAGAUGGAGAACUUGGUGGCGCUGAUUGCAGUGAAGUCGGAUGGCCUGGUACGCAUGGCUGCGCCACUGGCCAGCCGCCUGGGCAUUCCGUUAUUCACGACCAGUUCGAACGCCAGGCUGAGGAGUGCCGAGUACAAGACACUGUUGCGCGCCAACCUCAACGACGCACAUCUGCACUACGCUCUCCGAGACGUUCUACUGGAGUUCCACUGGCACAACGCCAGCCUGGUCUACGCUGUGAACGGUGACAGUGCCGCUGCGUCUUUGUUCAGCACUGCUGUGGAGACGGCCUCUUCCCACAUGAUAUCCAUAAAGAAUAUAGUGCAGCCAUCGCUGGCACAUGGCAACCGUACCCUAUCGAGUGCCACCAAGAGUGGGCUGCUGAAAAUCCUGAAUGGCAGUGUGAGAAUUAUCGUUGUGCGAGUACACUCCGCGUACCUGCCUCUGCUCUUUGACUAUGGGGAGGAAAUUGGCCUUCUUGGUCCGGGAGAGAAGCAGUUCACAUGGGUACUGCUGGAUCUUCACAAUGGCAUCCGUCUCCUUUUGCCACGCUACUGGAAGCUAAUGACAGGUAUGCUGGUGCUGAUGGCAGGUGAAAAACCGGGCAAUGCAAGCAGGGUGCACAACCACUCGCAAGGCAAACAAAACCACAGUUUGCAUCAAUUUGCUGAGCAGCUUCGCGACAGCACAUCCAAAGUCAACAUUGCCAGGUGCCCCAAUGCAUCGAUAAGUGAGCUGAGUAUCCAUGCUGUGUACGUGUAUGAUGCCACCAUCGUUGUCGGCCAUGCAGUCCAACGCUACAUGCAGCAACUGGACAAUGGCACAAGCUCAGCAUCUCUGCUGCAUCGAGAUGCAAAGCAUGUGCACCGACUGCCUGGGGUUUCGCUAAGACCCCUAGAGAAGAGCGACAGCGUGAACUUCAUGAAUAUGAUCGAGAACGUAAGCAGCGUGGAAUUGGAGGAGAGAGUGCUGUCCUGCUGUUCUCGUGACUAUGCACUCGUGAUUGUCCAAGACCAUGCAUACUAUCAGCGCGUAGGCAAGUGGUCUGGCCAAAAUCUCUCGCUGAUACGAGAAAUCAGGGAAAAGAAGCUACACAAGAUCUGGGGUAACAGGUUUCCAGCGGAUGGGCCCGUUUCGGAGAAGCCCAUCCGCAUCCUCCUCAUCCCUGACAUUCCUUUCAUUGUCAGGAACUCUUCGCGCACAGUUACCAGUCAUAAUUCGACACAGCUCGACCAGUACAGUGGCACGCUUAUCGACAUCUGGAAGAACAUAUCGAAGUUCUAUGAUCUGCAGUAUGAGGUCAGUAUCUGGAACGAGAGCCGGUGGAAAACAACCAGGGACAUUAUCGAGCAUGGUUGCAGCUCAGGGGAGUUUGAUGUUGCUCUCGGCGCAAUAAGUGAACGAAGUGCGCGAAAACAUAAUUGCUCGUUCUCCCUGCCAUUCUACUUUAGAACAAUGGGAGCUGUUACGCUAAGACCUCCCGAUGAGAUGCAAGGACCGCAGUCACUCUGGGGUAUCUUCAAGCCGUUUGCUUGGCAGCUGUGGGUCAUUCUGGUUGUGAGCAUGCUUCUUGGCGGCGGUGUUCUUGCAAUCCUCGACCCAGAUGGACUACAGACAGCAAGACGAGGUAACAUCCUCUUUGACAUCAUCUUCUUCUCGUUUGCUACGAUGCUGGGCUUUGGCGAGCAUAACGUCAAGCAGUCCUUCGCAAGGGUGUUCAUCCUCUGUCUGCAGUUCAUGCUGCUGGUCAUCAUAGCAUCGUACACCGCAACGCUUACGAAGAUUCUCAACGAGACUGACAAGGCAGCCACAGAGAUUGCCACGGUCAGGUCACUCGCCGACUUUGUGCAGAAGCGGGUUGGCUACGUCCGUGGCACGGACUCCGGUGACUACAUCUCCAAUCUGCUGGGCGUAUCUUAUCGCAUGCUAGUGCCAAUGAAUCAUGCCAGUCAGGCGCGGCAAAAGCUUCUCUCCGGCAAAAUUGACGUGUUUUUCACACACGGUGCAUAUGCGGCUGCCAUGGUGGCAAGGGAUAAGAAGUGCCGGUUCAUAGCUACUCCCAUAACGGGUGCAACGCAGAAGUUUUCUUUCCUGUACAACCCGCGCUGGCAGUGGCAAGGCAUCAUUAACCACCGCCUGAGAAGGCUGAAUGUGGACAAAACGGCACACAACAUUACGGAGAGGCUGACGCGGUCGACCUGCAAACCCUGGAUGCCGCCAUCGGGCGACUUGCCGAUCACUGCAACGUCGCUUGUGGGACUGUUAGUGAUUGCCGCUACUGCUAGUGUGCUGGCUGUUGUACUCAAGGUUUACUUCCAUUCCACACCGAGACGCAGACGCCUGCGCCAGCUGCUGCACUAUCGCAACGCGCAUGUGUGCAACCGGUGCCAGCGCAGCUCCUGCCACAUGCAUGCUUGCACCAGCAGUACUGCCGAUAAUGCCAUGGAGACAAGUGCUUUCACCUCGCCGUACAGCAACUGGUGCGAGCACAUCCAGUGACCACGCGCACAGCAUUUACAGCAGUCAUACGUAUUGUCAGUUCACCCUUGGCGCGUCUCUUUAAAACGUUUGUAACGUUACAACGAUGCUCAAUGAAAUUCGAUCACGCGAGUCAAUACCACGCAGGGCGGUUUGCGGCCCUAGACCUGUGAACACUGGUACAAACUGAGUGCAGGGCGCAAACUUGACCCAUGUGAUCGGGUUUCAUUGAGCAGCACUGCACAAGACUCACUGAUACACAGCUUUGGCACGUGAUUUCAUCAAGUGAAACAUCACAACAACUGCCAACAAGCAUUACAUCAUAGUGAUGGCAUUCUUAUUACAGGAAGUUACAACGAGUACCUGCACACCUCUGACCCAAGCAGUUCAAAAACCAUAUACAUCACAUGUAACACAUCCUGCCAUCUGCCAUUCGCCUGGCACUCCCUAGAUACGACUUGUACAUACUUUCAAGUACGAGUGCAGUAUUGCAAUGCACAAAACCUCACUAUUAUUCUAAUUUUUAAAAGCACCAUUUCUCUUCGAUUUUGAUAAGAGAUGACUUUGUUAUUUCUUUAUUGAGAUCCACUAUUCUUGUUCUUAUUUCCGUUGAUCUUACCAUACUAUCCUAACAGUGCCACGAUUGCCAUCAUGAUGAAAUCCCUUUACAUUGUAGGCGGCUGCAAAGUAGCAUUGGAACGUGUACACUUGUACACGGUGA